AGCCCAUUCAGGAGCCUACACAAGUAUUCAUGUGGUCAAAUCAUCGGAAAGUCCAAUAUCGAUCCCGCGUGUAUUGAUCAGGAAGCGGAACCCGUAGCUGAUUUCCCGAGAGCUCAUCGUUACAUUACUGACAGGACGUUUGAGCUGAAACGGACGUUCUUUCACUGCUGCGUAAUACGUCUGGCUGGUUGGCUAUAUAUUGCUCCGCCCUGGUUGGCGAGUCAGCAGUCUCAAGCAGGCAGGCAGUCCGUCAGUUCAGACUUAGCACCAACACACAGCAGUCAUCAUGAGUUGGGGAUACGGAACCGAGAACGGACCCAAGUCAUGGGUCAACAACUUCCCCAUAGCCGCGGGCAAGCAACAGUCUCCUGUGGACAUCAACUCGACCAAUGUCGAGUUCGACCAGAAGCUCGAGGCCAACCCUCUUUCUGUCAAGUACUAUAUCGAACAGAACAUGGACUUCGAGAACACAGGGUUCUCCGUCAAGGCCAACAUCCGGGAACCAUCAACUAUCUCAGGGGGGCCCCUGGACAGCACGUAUCAACUUGAGCAGUUCCAUCUCCACUGGGGGUCAUGUGACGAGAGGGGGUCGGAGCACACAGUGGAGGGCAAGACAUUCCCAGCCGAGCUUCAUCUAGUCCAUUGGAACCGAGAUAAAUAUUCCAGCUUCGGAGAAGCUGCAGACAAACCUGAUGGUUUGGCAGUGUUUGGCAUCUUGUUGGAGGUUGGCGCUGAGCAUCCGGGUUUCAAACCUUUAACCGACGGUUUAGAUGCUGUCAAGUUCUGUUCCAAACAUGAACAGGUCAAAGGCCAGUUCAACCCCAAAUGUUUCCUCCCAGAAACAAUGUCCGAGUACUGGACUUAUCCCGGAUCUCUGACCACGCCCCCCUGCUACGAGAGUGUCACGUGGAUAGUAUUUAAAGAACACAUGGUGGUGUCGGAGAGUCAGUUAAAGGCCCUUCGAAGCCUGUGUUGGGGGGACUGUGACGGCGACUGCAUCGUCGACAACUACAGACCACCGUGUGAGCUAGGCAGCAGAAAGAUCCGCGCAGCAUUUCAUUAACGAUAUCUGACUGACACACGGACAACAGCCCCGACUGGCGGAAGGAUUUGAAAAACACUGCCGCAAUUGUUUGUGACUAUCACAAAACAACGAUGGACUGACAUUGUCAGAUCUCAUCAGAAGUAUAACAGAGCACUAGAUAUGAAUCAUGAACAAUAGAAUUCAGCUGGAAUGAUUCAAUGAGCUGACACUAUUCAAUGUGUGUUCCGGAAGAACGAAAGUUUGACAAGAGACUAUGGAGUUAUUGUUUCAUGUAUAGAGAUCACGAGUAAUGGUGGGAAAUCAUCAAGGAGUCCACGUGGUGUGAUAUUGUACCCCGAUGGCAAGAAUUGAUGAAACAUUCAUUCGCGAUCUGCCGACUCUGUGGACAACGAAGCGCCAAUACUAUUGGUCGCUGAACAAGGGGUCCCACCAUCACCGAGUAUCAGAGGUUCUGGCGUGAAUGGAUCAUGACAUUUCAACAUUAAUGCAACGUCUUUCAUCAUAUCAUUGUACGGAUGUCCAUAGGGACGCAAGUCACUAGAAUUUUCUUUUGCUAUUGCAAUAAAUCAGUGCCUAGUAUAUAGUUGUUGAUUAA